GUGACGGCUGCCUCAAUGUCGCCCAAGCUUUCUCUGGUCUCCUUUUCCUCCAAAAAACCUGCCAAGCGAGACACAUCGCCGUCAUUACCUCAGCCACUUGGCUUUAAAACACAUCAAGUCUGCCCUCACGAUCUUUGCAUUUCUGGGACCUUUGAAAAAAAAAGCCUCCAAAGCCUUCUCAGCCAACCCAGGGCAUUGCAUCGUUUCCGACCGACCUCCAUAGAACCUGCAUAGCCCUGCAUACCAUCCGUGCUCAAGCUCCUCGACCACAAGGAGCUUUGGGACGAACUCCCGGCCCGCAGCAAUGGCGAGCUUUCGAGACCUGUAUAGCAAUGAAAAGACCAAAGGUCUGGACUCUAACUUUGGUGUUGACUUUGUCAUCAACUACAAGAUUCCGCAAGAUGACCGAGCAAGUGCCGAAGCGAGCUUCGUCCAGCUCAUCGAAGCCCUGACCCAUGUCGGCCUGACCACCGAGGUCCGGAGAGGCGACAAGCAGUCCGUCCUCGUGUUCAUCAAGAUCGCCGACAAGUUCCUCGACGACCAAGUCUACCGAUCCCGACUGCAGGAUUGGCUUCAGGGCGCCCGGACCACGAGCUCGGACAAGGACCUUUCUCAGGCCCUCCGCGAUGAACCCGUCUCCGACGCCGAGCGCCUGCGUCUCAUAUACUUGCUGAUGGUGAAGCCCAAGAACGAGGGUGGCGCCGGCAUCACACCCCAGUCAGGCCGCUGGAAGCACGUCGACAGUAUCUUCCCCCUGCACAACCAUUCCUUCAAUAAGCAGUGGAUCAAGCGCAUGAGCACAAAGGGCCAGACCGACGAGGCCGACCUCGACGAAAUCCGCGACAAGUUCGGCGAGAGCGUCGCCUUCUACUUUGCCUUCAUGCACACCUACUUCAAGUUCCUCACCGUCCCCGCCGCCGCCGGCUUCGCCGCCUGGGUACUCCUCGGCCAGUUCUCGUGGCUCUACGCCCUCGUUAGCUGCCUGUGGUCCGUCGUCUUCUUUGAGUUUUGGAAGAAGAAGCAGGUCGACCUUGCGGUGCAGUGGGGCGUCCGCGGCGUCUCCAACAUCCAGCACCCCCGUCCGCAGUUCGAGUUCGAGCGUCAAGCUGAGGACCCCAUCACCGGAGAGCCCGUCAAGAUUUACUCGCCCAUCAAGCGCCUGCAGACCCAGCUGUUGCAGAUCCCCUUCGCGGCCGCCUGCAUAUUGGUGCUCGGGACCCUUAUCGUGACGUGCAACUCGCUCGAGAUCUUCAUCAACGAGGUAUACAACGGGCCGUUCCAGUCAUACCUGGCCUUCCUCCCGACCAUCAUCCUGGUUGUCAUGACGCCCACCUUUUCUACCGUGCUCACAAAGUUCGCGACAAAACUCACUGACAUGGAGAACUACGAGACGAUCGAUGCGCAUCACGCGGCCUUGGUCCAGAAGGAGUUCGUCCUGAACUUCUUGACCUCCUACAUGGCCCUGUUUUUCACCACCUUCGUCUACCUGCCCUUCGGCGACCGCCUCACCCCCUACCUUGACUUCUGGCGGUCAACUGCACAGAAGAUCACCCCAAAGGACGUAAAUUUCCAGACGCAAGAAUUCGUCAUCAACCCCGAAAGGAUUAGCAAGCAGAUGUUCUACUUCACCGUGACCGCCCAGGUUGUCAACUUCGCUACUGAGGUGAUUGUGCCUUACGUCAAGCGCCAGGUAUCUCAGGAAGUCAGAGAGGUGCAGUCAAAGAUCGCCAAGGAGGACAACGCCGCCAAGGUCCAGGACCACCCGGAAGAAGCUGCUUUCCUGGAGCGGGUGAGAAAAGAAGCCCAGCUGGAAACCUACGACGUCACUGGCGAUUACCGAGAGAUGGUCAUCCAAUUCGGCUACCUUUCGCUCUUCUCCGUGGCCUGGCCCCUGACGGCUUGCUGUUUUCUGGUCAACAACUGGGUCGAAAUGAGAUCCGAUGCGGUCAAGAUUGCCAUCAGCAGCAGGAGGCCCAUCCCCUGGCGCGCCGACUCGAUUGGCCCUUGGCUCGAUGCCCUUGGCUUCCUGUCCUGGCUCGGGAGCAUCACCAGCGCAUCGAUUGUCUUCCUUUGCAGCUCCAGCGGCAAGGGCAGUGGAGCGCGUGGCACCCCUGGCAGCAUUCAGGCAUGGGGUCUGCUCCUCAGCAUCCUCUUGGCCGAACACUUUUAUUUCGCAGCGCAGUUUGGUGCCCGCCUCGUCAUGAAGAAGUUGGACAGCCCCGGGUUGCAGAAGGAAAAGAAGGAGCGAUUCAUGAUGAAGAAGAGGCUCCUCGAAGAGAACUUGGGCCAGGGCGUCUCGGACCAAGCCGCCACUCCUGGUAUCGAGAAGACAGAGAUGAUCACGUUGAAGGCUCUGGAGGAGGAAGCUCGCAGACUGUCAACACAAGGCCACGGAGGCCCCGAGGAAGCAUUCUGGCUGCGCCAGCGAGGCAUGAACGAGACCAUCCAGAUCGGUCGCAACUUGAUUUCUCAGAGCAUUUCUGGAAACUCGACCAAGGCGUGAGGUGAGGCUUAAAUUAAAGCCUUGAUGAUCGCAAAAAAAAAAGCAAUAGAGCAGGGGCAUGCACAAGGAUGGGAGUUACGCCCGUUCAGUCGUAUUGAGCUUGUGAUGUUUGCUCAAUUGCAGGGAUGGAACAAGGGGCGUUUCUUACAUAACAAACGGCGUUCGCUCAGGCCGGAACACGAAUUGAGCAGUCUGGUUUUUCUUUUUGAAUACCCCUAAUGGAAUGGUUCAUGGAGUCGGGCUCGGUGAACUCAUCUGGUGUAGUUGUGUGGGUUAUGCAUGUCGUCAACGUCGGUGCCUAGAUUGGUGACCGAUGGCCACGUUGAGAAACGCAAGAAAACUUGAUUUACAGUAGGCGACAGGUGACCGUUUUAUCAACCAUCUGUCGGGCGAAGGCCACGGGGCAGACCAGGAGGCUUAACAGGCGAGAGAAGCUGUCGG